GGCCCAGAAAAAAAGAAAGAUUGUCUAUUCUUCUUUGUUAAGAGUUUGACUUUAAUGGCUUCCCAUUUCUUGACUCCCAGCAAUUUCAGACUCCAACUUCUCAUUUCAUCAAAACCCCAAUUCAAUUCACAUCUCAAAUCAUCUAAUCGGUUUCAAUUAAGCAAACCCACAACCAGAUUUUCUUCAUCGAUUCGCUCUAUGGGUUCUUCAUCUUCAUCAUCUCAGAAACCAGACACCUCAACUCAAGAGACAGGAAACAUGGAUUUCAAAUCUGUUAGCGAUCAAGAAUGGAAGAAGAAGCUUACUGGAGAACAGUUUUACGUAACUCGACAAAAGGGAACAGAAAGAGCCUUCUCUGGGGAAUACUGGAACACGAAAACCGCUGGGACUUACCAUUGCAUCUGCUGUGAUACUCCAUUAUUCGAGUCAUCGACGAAGUUCGAUAGUGGAACUGGUUGGCCUUCGUAUUAUGAACCAAUAGGAAGCAACGUGAAGUCGAAGUUGGAUUUGUCGAUCAUUUUCAUGCCUCGACAGGAAGUUUUAUGUGCUGCUUGUGAUGCUCAUCUUGGUCAUGUCUUCGACGAUGGUCCUCCGCCUACAGGAAAACGUUACUGCAUCAAUAGUGCUUCCUUGAAGUUGAACCCGAAGUAGGAGGAUCCUGUGUUAGGAACCAAGCAAAAACAGAAGUUGAUAGAAGAAUUUUGUUUUGGUAUUGUAAUAUUGUGAAUGUAACAUGGCAUGAUGGGUAAAUUGAUGAACCAAAUUGAAUGUUUUAUUGUUGGAAGUUUGGUAUUAUAAGAAGAAUCCUUUGUGGGAGUUGUUGAGGAGGAAGAUAGCAACUUGAUAGGCAUUAAAAGCCUUUGUCUUUAGAUUAUAAUAAAUCGAUAAACUAAAGGGUUAUUGACAGGGUAUCCAAC